CACAAUCCCAUGAUUACUAGAGAACGACAGAGCGGGUGAAUGGGGGUCCAAGCAAAAUGGCUGCCAACCAGGGAGCUACUGCACCUAUAUUUGACUGUCCGACAUGGGCAGGCAAACCACCACCAGGUCUUCAUCUGGAUGUUGUGAAAGGAGACAAGCUUGUAGAGAAACUCAUCAUUGAUGAAAAGAAGUAUUACUUGUUUGGAAGAAAUCCUGACAUCUGUGACUUCACCAUAGACCACCAGUCAUGUUCUAGAGUUCAUGCAGCUCUGGUAUACCAUAAACAUUUAAAGAGAGUAUUCCUCAUUGACCUCAACAGCACUCAUGGAACAUUUCUGGGUCACAUUCGCUUAGAACCUCAUAAACCUCAACAGGUACCUAUUGACUCAACAGUCUCAUUUGGAGCAUCCACACGUGUAUAUACUUUAAGAGAGAAGCCACAAACUCAGCCAAGCUCCACUUCUGGGGAUGCCAAGUCAGGUGAUGAUGAAGAACUAAAAGGACUACUGGGACUUCCAGAGGAGGAGACAGAACUAGAGAAUUUAACAGAGUUUAAUACAGCCCAUAACAAGAGGAUCUCCACGCUUACAAUUGAAGAAGGUAACUUGGACAUCCAGCGACCAAAGCGCAAACGGAGAAGCUCAAGGGUUACCUUCAGUGAUGAGGAAGAAAUUAUCAACCCAGAGGAUGUGGAUCCCUCAGUAGGUCGUUUCAGAAAUAUGAUCCAGACAGCUGUGGUACCAAUCAAGAAGAAAAAGGCGGAAGGACACGGCACACUGGGACUGGAUGAUGCAGUGGCUCGGCGCAUGCAAAACUUUCCCUUCAAUUCAAGCCUUUAUGGAGACCUGCCACCUACCAGCAAUGAGACUGGAGGACACUCGCAUAGCGCACAUGGAGGGACAGCAAUGGUGGCUGGUUUGCCUCUGCCUUUCCCUAACCCUGCUCCUGAUGUCGACCUUGCUCCUGCAGUUGUGCCAGCUGCAAUUACACUUAAUCCCACUCCCACUCCUGUAGUUAGUGGCUUCUCAUCUGAGACGCUGAACGAGCCCAAAAAGAAAAAAUAUGCCAAGGAGGCUUGGCCUGGAAAGAAGCCUACACCAUCCUUGCUUAUUUAGACGUUUGUUACAAUAUGUGUGUUCUGCUGGG